AUGUCAUGCUCCUUGCUGCUGCGUCUGGCGUCAAUCACUUCUCUCUCCUGCCUCGCCCUCUUGUCUCUCUGCUCACUCCUUAUACCGUUCUCCCCCUCGCUGCUCACUCCCUUCACCAGCGGCGCUGCUGGUAACUACCUCAUUGGGUCCGUGCCUGCGCUGGCCCCCGGAGUGGACAGAUUGGAUCUGCGAUUCAACUACCUCACAGACCUGCCAACAGCGGCCUACCAAUGGUGUGGCGCCAACCUCAACUGCCUCUUUGCGCCCUCCAAGUGCACCACCAGCGGCACGGUUCAGAGGCCUGCGGCAAAUUGUGCCUUCUGCGGCUCAACCAACGGCUUUGCUCCCUUCUGCUCGGCGGACGGAGGAGUGUGUAGCGUGGACGCAUUUGCACCCGUCGCUGCGGGCACUGCAAGCGGGCCAGUGACGCUCGCGCUCCCUUGGAUAUGUGCGGGCGGGUCGGUUGCGUUCAUCAAAGAACUCGCAGGGCGGAUGAGCAACGGGGCUGUGACGGUGCAGCGGCGUAGCCUGAUGAGGGCGGUGGGCGCCGUGGGGCUGUGGUGCCCCCGGGGCAGCCUCCACGAGAGUCAUAUGCCCCCCCCCUCCCGCUGCUUGCCUGGCUGCCCCUUUCCCCGCGUGCCCCCUCUAGCGAUGCUGGCCCUCAAGUCGUCGCUGGGCGUGACUCACACCACGUGGGCAUCCAAUUCGCUGUGCACGAUCCAGGGGAAGAGCACGACGGUCACAACAUGGGCUGGGGUGUUCUGUGACAGCACUGGCAGUGUCGUGAACAUCAACAUGUACAGCAACCUCUUCUUCUACCUCCUCGAUUCCUUCACCACUCACCUUCGCUCCUUGCCAGUGCUGGCCGACAUCGGCGCUGCUGGCAACUUCCUCACAGGAUCCGUGCCUGCGCUGGCCCCCGGAGUGGUCAGAUUGGAUGUGAAUAAGAACUACCUCACAGACCUGCCAGCGGCGGCCUACCAAUGGUGUGGCGCCAGCUCCAACUGCCUCGUUGCGCCCUCCAAGUGCACCACCAGCGGCACGGUUCAGAGGCCUGCGGCAGAUUGUGGCAUCUGCGGCACCACCAACGGCAUAGGCCCCAUCUGCCCUGCCACGGGAGGGGUGUGCGCUGUGUUAGCGGCUGACACCGUUGCUUCCGGCGUCGACAAUACGUUGAGCCCGCCCUCGCUCGCCAUGCACUGCUUGUUCCCGCCACCCGCCAUCAAGGAUAGCGCAGGCCCAUGUUCCCCCAACACUCCCUCACGUGCUGCUUGGUGCGUCUCCCCUCCGCCCGCUGCCUGCGUUUCUCCGCCUUUCCCCGCGUGCCCCCCACCAGCCAUGCUGGCCCUGAAGGCGUCGCUGGGCGUGACUGUGAGCACGUGGGAUGGCAGUGUGCCGUGCAAAGUGGCGGGGCAGACCACCAUGGCCACAGUGUGGAGCGGCGUGCUCUGUGACAUCACGGGCGCUGUCGUCAGCAUCAACCUGCAGAACAAUCUGUUCAACUACCGCCUCGAUUCCUUCACCACCAACCUGCGCUCUUUGCCAGCGCUGGCCGACAUCGGCGUUGUGAGCAACUACCUGAUAGGCAGCGUGCCGGCGCUGUCGAGCGGUCUUCUCACGUUGGACCUGCAACUCAACUUCCUCACGGACUUGCCAGCAGCCGCCUACUUAUGGUGUGGCGCCACCUCCAACUGCCUCGUCACGCCCUCCAAGUGCGCCACCCUCUCCACCGCUCAGCGCCCUGCGGCAGAUUGUGCCUUCUGCGGCACCACCGACGCCGUGCCUCCCUUCUGCUCUGCGGACGGAGGAGUGUGUAGCGUGGACGCAUCUGCACCCGUCGCUGCCGGCACUGACCUGCACCCUGCCUCCACUUGCUCAUGCUCUCCUUGCCCCGCUCCUCCUGCUUCUUGCCUUGCUUGCCCCUUUCCUUGCGUGCCCCCUCCAGCCAUGCUGGCCCUCAAGUCGUCGCUGGGCGUCACUCACACCACGUGGGCAUCCAAUUCUUCGCUGUGCACGAUCCAGGGGAAGAGCACCACGUACACAACGUGGGCUGGCGUGUUCUGUGACAGCACUGGCAGUGUUGUGAGCAUGUGA